GGGAGCGGCCAGAGCGCAGGCGCCCUCCGGACAGCGGCGGAUUUGGCGGGUUUUAGGAGAGCGGAAGAGACGAAGGUCGUCAGGCGAGUUGUGGCCCAGGCUGUAGCUCCCUGUUCACAGAAGCGUCUGAUCCAUUGUAGCGGUGCAUCUCUGAUCUCUGAUAUCUGGGUUUAAUCGUCCCCGGAGGCUGGGGUGGCGGGAGCCCAGAGCCACCUCUCCCCGGGCCGGGGGAACCAUGGCGCACCAGAGCCUUUGAUGGUGCCCUGCCAGAUCAUUAUAUGUGUUCCCAGUUCACAGAAUCCAACGAAUAACACAAAUCUAACUUGAUCAAAACAAAGUGCUAGAGGAACUCAGCAGGCCAGGCGCAUAUGAAGAGUGAGGAGUUGGAUGAGGAUUUGGAUUGUGAUGUUCCAGACCACAAAGAUACAAGUAAACUUUUCAGAGCCAAAUGGACUUCAGAAGAGGAUGAAAGGUUGAAGAAGCUGAUAAAGCAAUUUGGCAAAAAUGACUGGAGACUUAUAGCAAGUAAUUUCUCAAACCGAACAGAUACUCAGUGCCAACAUCGGUGGCUGAAGGUUCUGAAUCCAGAUCUAGUGAAAGGUCCGUGGACGAAGGAAGAAGACCAGAAGGUAAUUGAAUUAGUUCAGAAGUACGGGCCAAAACGUUGGUCAUUGAUUGCUAGACUUCUGAAAGGGAGACUUGGCAAGCAGUGCCGUGAACGCUGGCAUAAUCACCUCAAUCCGGAGGUUAAGAAAUCAUCUUGGACAGAAGAGGAGGACAAGAUUAUUUACGAAGCACACAAGGUCCUCGGCAACCGGUGGGCAGAGAUUGCAAAACUGCUACCGGGGAGGACGGACAAUGCUGUAAAAAACCAUUGGAACUCUACAAUGAAGAGGAAGGUGGAGAUGGAAGGCUACUUGCAAGAUGGUAACCAGAAUAUGCCCAUGUUUUUAUUUACUCAUUCAGAAGAUGGUGAAAUCCAGUGUUUCAGAACCACAGUGACACAGCCAUCUUUAAAACAAGACCCCGCCACCGUGGAAGCUAUUUCGCAGCCCACCUCUGUUACGAUAAAGCAGGAGGACAGUUUAGCCAGUUGGUCGGGCAGUCUUCCAACAGAUAACUCCGCACAUUUCGAACAUGGACUAUCAGCUUCCUCUGAAACCCAUCAAGAACAGUCCACUUCAGAUCAAUCCCAGGAACCCAACAAUUCCACAGAAGAGGCUUCCAAUAGUAUGUUCGUGAUUGUGGAAUGUGGGGGAGUAGUUUCUCCACAGAAGGCCCCUGAAUUAUCUGAACCUCUGGAGCUAAUCAAAUGUGAUCCAGAUGCAUGGUCUGAUUUAUCUUGCUUCGAUUUUCCGGAAGAUCUCGUCAAGCAGACGCCUGCGGAGACCACCCAGCCGUCUUUGACAGAAUAUCGCAUUGAUGCGGAUACCAUCUCUGACCUGAGCAAAGGUGCAAAGAAGGGUGAACUCAUCCCCAUGAUCACCUCCCCAGUCGCGGGUAAUUUCAGCACCCCUCCAACUAUCCUGCGGCGGAAGAGAAAAACAAAGAUUACCCUUUCACCGGUUACUGAAAGCAAUUCUAGCAAUAGCUUCACGAUCAUUGAAAGUAGCACCACCAGCAGCAGCAGCAGCAGCAGGACUCCAAAAAGUACACCAGUGAAGACCUUGCCUUUCUCACCAUCACAGUUUUUGAACUUCUGGACCAAACAAGACAGUCUUGAUAUAGAGAACCCAUCUCUUACUUCUACACCAGUGUGUAGCCAGAAAAUCAUUGUUACAGCCCCACUUCAACGAGACUAUACACCCAAAGUUCAGAAGGAGAACUCCGUAUUUCGAACACCCAGAAGUCGCCGAUCUCUUUUGGACAGUACUCCAAGAACACCUACACCGUUCAAAAGUGGACUGGACAAGUUUGGAGUAGUAAAGAGUCAUCAUCCAGCACCUCAUUUUGAAGAGGUUUUAAAAGAGAGUUUGAAGAGCAUGUUGCACGAGGAUGAAGCCCAGUUAAUAAAACGAAAACAGCAUGGGCUACGCAGGCCGCUUAUGAAGAAGGUGCGAAAGUCUCUUGCUUUGGACAUUUUGGAAAAGGAUGAAAAUACUGCGAAUCAAACCACACCGAGCAAUAUGUGCACACAGAAGGAAACAGAAGACUUCUUAUUAAGAACUUUGAACAACUCUUCAAGUAAAAGGGAUGAUACUCUGGACAGAGGUUUUAUUAUACCCAAUAAAGAGUCUAGUUUAUUUUCCAAACACUAUAAUCAAGAAACGCCAAAAAGGACAAGUAGUGCUUGGGAAGCAGUAGUGUGUGGAAGAACAAAGGAUCAGCUUAUAAUGACCGAGAAAGCCAGGAAGUAUUUAAAUGCAUUCAAAUCUACACACACUUCCAGGACUUUGAUUUUAUAAUGCUGCAUGGCAUAUACUAAUGGACCACCUAUUCUAGUUUAAAGGAUUAUCUGGUGGAACACCUGCAAACAAAAUGUUUAGAAUGAAUUCAUGAAACAUGCGAUCACCUUGAAGUCCCAGUGGUAGUUUGUGUCGUUACAACAGGGGAAAGGGAUUAUUCCAUUGUCUGAUAAAUUCAUGAAACAACCUUUCCAAUUUAUGUUUCAAAGCAUAAGAGCAGGAUUUGUAAUUUGUAUUUAUUUUUCAACUAGAGAAUCUUGCAUUAACCAUUUACUGUUAACCUCAAACUCUUCACCAGAAGACUUUAUUACUGAACAAUCGUUAACUUGGCCUUGUUGUGACUGAGAUGGGUUCUGUAAUGAUACAUUAUCAUGCGGGUUUGUUGCAGCCUUGUUUCCAAGGUGCACAAUUACAGAAGAUUUUGUCAUUGGAACAAAUGUAAAAUACCCGAACAUCCAUCCAGUAGUAAUCUGAAUUGAUAAAUUAUCCAUUCGUAAAACACCUAAUGCCAAACGAUGGCAAUUCUUCAGAAAACUGUUUUUUUUCAUUACUUUGUUAAAGAAUAGUGUUUUGCUCAUACAUGUGAACAUUUGUGUUCUAAAUUUAUUCCUAUGUUACCUGGAUUAACUUUUUAUAAAGUACAGAUUUUAUUGCCACUGACCUUCCAGGUUUGUUAAAUAUAAUUGUUUUCAAAUAACAAGGGUGUAGAUAUCUAUGAACUUCCAUUUGCUUGCAACAGAUGGUGUUGAGUAACUCAAUGGAUCAGGCAGCAUUAAUGGAGGACUUGAGCAGGCAAUAAGAUCGUAAGACACAGGAACGGAAUUAGACCAUUCAUUGGCUACUCCAUGGAUGAUCUAUUUUUCCCUCAUUCUCCUGCCUUCUCCCCAUAAAUUUUGACGCCUUUUCUAAUUAAGAACCUAUUAAUCUCCACUUUAAAAAUACCUAAUGUCUUGGCCACCACAGCUGUCCCUGGCAAUGAAUUCCACAGAUUCGCCACCAAUGUUUUGGGUGGGGACCAAUCUUAAGAUUUAGUCUAAAGAAGACUCCUAACCCAAAUCGUUGCCUAUCCGUGCCCUCCAGAUAUGCUGCCUGACCUGCUGAAGCACUCCAGCGCCUGGUUCCUUGUGUCAUCAACUUCCAUUGGCUGCUUUUUUAAAUGCUAUAGCAGUAGUUUUUACAACUGUAAAAGAACCAUUCUGGAAGGUUCUGCUCCAGAAUUAACUGUGUACUGUUUUUGAAUUUAUAAAUAAGAAAUAAAUGCAGAUUAGGAGCUAUUAAUGUUGAUACAAGAUUCAUGCAGAUAUUUUUCAAAUUCAUUACUUUUCCACAACCAUGAAUAACAUGCCAGCAUCCAAAUGGAAUCUCGUCCAUUUUCUUUAUUUAUAGUAACUAUGCCAGGCCCUUUAUGUAAAAGUCUUUUGUUGUCCUUCCCCCAACUCAUCAUUGGUGGUGUUUUGUGCUGCGUAAGGUGAAAUCGAAGAGAACCAGUUACUGAUUCUGCCUGAGUGGCAUUUUCUAGCUACUUGGAACGUAGCUAUUCUGUUUUGGUUGUUUGUUUGUUUAACAUCAUAACUUUGAAAGAAUUGCCCUGAUUUGAAAUGGUUGAUGAUUAUGAAGAGACUUUGAAGUUAAAAGCAUCCGUAAGGUCUGGGCGUUUUCCGUGGCCCUGACUCUGAGAGUUCUGACUGAAUGAACCCUACGUUUGUGCUUUCAUGUGUUGUAUCUUCGCUAUCUUGUCCUUUUUGUUUUUUGGUGAUUUCUAGUUUCACUGGAGAUAUUGAACCUUGGAUGCUUUGCUUCCUCUGUUCCCCUGAUAUUUCUGAAUCCACCUGAGAAUACACUGAAGGGGUUAAAUUUACCUAUUUUACUGAAGACAAUCCAAUGCACAGCUGAACGAUGCCCCUAGUUCCUAAAUCAGCACAGUGGUUUAAAUAACGACUGGCCACUAUUAUUGCAGAUUAUUUCUUUAAAUUACGUAACCAGAUUUUUGGAGGAAGCAGGCCACUGUAAUUGUCCCCUAAUGUGUAGAGAGUGGAUGAGAAAGUGGGAUAACAUAGAACUAGUGUGAAUGGUUGAUCAAUAAUUAGCAUGGACUCGGUGUGUUUCCAUGCUGAAUCUCUGAGCUCAGCUAAGAUGAUGCUAUAACUAAAUCGUUAACAGAUUUAGAUUGCAGAACAAUGGCCUAAUUGUCAGUUGAGCCACAUUUUAUAUUGCAUUCCUUUAAUGAAUCACAGCCUGAUAGAGGUUCCCUCCUUGGAUGAGAUGAGCUGAAUCCUUCGUCCAAUGACCUCGAUGGCUCAGCUAACUUGAGACUGGAAUUUUCUAUUGGUAGCUAUUUACACAAACAAGACAAAACUGUUCUAACCCCAAACAAGGUUUUGUUACAAUGCUUCUGAACUCGGGAAUUAAACCUUAGAAGCACUUGAAUAGUGAAGGAAGGUUUUUCCCCUGAAUAUACAAAAAUGAUUAUGUACCCAGAUAUGGUUUUCGGUUGUUGCCACAGAAAAAGUUUUACAGUCUGCGGUUACAAAUGUAUAAAUCUGAUAUAAAGAA